UUCUGUCAAACCUUUGCAAAUCAUAGAAAAACUGCAACCCGCUGGGCGAGGGCAGCGGGGGGCUGGCUCCUGUGCUCGCUGGGGCCGAGCCGCUCGGUGCGUGCAAGCCUCACCAGCCGUGCUCUGGAGUUUGAACUGAGCUAAUCAGUGCUCGCCAACGAGAUGACAACUCUUGGAUUUAUAUUUAGUGUCUUCACAUUUUUCUUGCACGUGGUUUCUGUGUUUAAUUAUCCCAAUGGAAAAGUAAUGCAGUCAUGUGGCGGGAUGAUUCCUGCACAUGGACAUAGUCCACAGUCUGGGGCCGCUCACGACAUUUCAGUGAGUCAGAUGACAUUCAGGCCGGGAGAUCAGAUUGAAGUUACUUUGUCAGGGCCACCCUUUAAAGGCUUUCUCUUGGAAGCUCGUGAUGCUGAGAAUUUGAGUGGACCUCCUGUUGGCUCUUUUUCAUUGAUUGACAACCAUAUAUCACAACUUCUGACUUGUGAAAACAUACAGGGAUCAGCUGUGAGUCAUACAAGCUCAUCCAAAAAAACCAAAGUUCAAGUAUAUUGGAAUGCGCCAAGCAGCGCCCCAAAUCACGUACAGUUUCUAGCCACAGUUGUUGAGAAGUAUAAAAUCUACUGGGUGAAGAUACCUAGUCCUAUAAUUUCACAACCAAAUGCACUUCCGUUUACGACACCUGAAGCUGCAAUAGCAUCUUUGCCAACAAUAUCUCCAGUCUCUCAUUUAACCAAAUCUUUCAAUGCUUCAGAUUGUGGGAAAAAGAAGUUCUGUAUCAGGAGUCCUUUCAACUGUGACCCAGAGAAGGAGCACGCGUGUAUGUUCCUGUCGUUCACAAAGGAGGACCAGUCGGUGUUGGUUGAAAUGAGCGGUCCCAGUAAAGGCUAUUUAUCCUUUGCGUUUUCUCAUGACCGAUGGAUGGGUGACGACGAUGCUUACAUAUGUAUUCAUGAGGAUCAGAUGGUGCAUGUACAGCCUUCCCAUUUGACAGGGCGAAGUCACCCUGUGAUGGAAUCAAAGGCUGUUCUUGAGGGCGUGUCUUGGAGGUUGGCAGAUGGCAUCAUGCAGUGUUCUUUUCGAAGAAACAUCACCUUACCUGGGGUGAAGAAUAGAUUUGAUCUCAACACAAGCUACUACAUAUUUCUAGCAGCUGGUGCAGCUAAUGAUGGUCGAAUUUACAGGCACUCCCAGCAACCUUUGAUUACAUAUGAACAGUAUGAUGUGACAGGCCCUCCAAAGGAUGCAGGAGGGUCCCGUUCCACCCUCAUUCUGAAGGCUCAUGGUGCCUUAAUGUCCGUGGCAUGGAUGACUACCGUUAGCAUAGGAGUACUGAUUGCUCGAUUUUUCAGACCUGUUUGGUCAAAAGCUUUCUUCCUUGGUGAAGCAGUUUGGUUUCAGGUGCAUCGAAUGCUAAUGGUUACUACAUCUGUGCUCACUGGCAUUGCUUUUAUUAUGCCCUUUAUAUACAGAGGAGGCUGGAGUAAGCAUGCAGGUUACCACCCAUACCUCGGCUGUGUGGUGAUGACCAUAGCAGUUCUUCAGCCACUUCUGGCAGCCUUCAGGCCACCUUUGCAUGACCCAAGAAGGAAAAUAUUCAACUGGACACAUUGGAGUAUGGGUACAGCUGCGAGAAUAAUAGCAGUGGCAGCCAUGUUCCUGGGGAUGGACUUACCAGGCCUGAAUCUCCCUGACCCACAGAAGACCUACACAAUGAUCGGGUUUGUAGCCUGGCACAUCGGGACGGAGAUUGUUCUGGAGAUACAUGCUUACCGCCUCUCUCGAAAAGUGGAAAUCCUGGAUGACGACAGAAUUCAGAUCCUCCAGUCUUUCAGCGCAGCGGAAGCAGAGGGUCAUGCUUUUAAAAAGGCUGUUUUGGCGAUUUAUGUCUGUGGGAAUGUGACUUUUCUCAUCAUAUUCUUAUCUGCAAUCAACCAUCUUUGAGCAAGCGAAGACUUUGACUUUAGUAGGCCAGGUGGUAAUCGCCAUCACUCCAGAGACACUUGAAACCGAACUGACUGCUGGGAACGUGUGUAUGAAUUUUCACUUGAAGACUAAGGUCAUGUCAAUAGGAGAAUUUGGAAGUCUGGUUUUUAUGUGACGAUCAAAUGCAAGUAGACUGUAAACUGAUGACAAACACUUCUUUGUAAUCUGGGGUCUUAAGGAUUAGGGUUGAAGAAAGAUGAAUGUUCAAUAACCCAUGCCAUGAGUUUAAGAUUGUUACAAUGUAAGGAAACAAACAAGAAUGUCAUUAAGAUAAAGUUAUAAGGAUAAAAAAGGAGAUUGUAUUAAGGUCAAUGUAUUCUGAAUGGCAAAGCUGCUACGAAAUGUUAAAACAAACAUUUUGACUAGUUUAUUUUAAUAGUCUUUGGAUUUUCUUUUAGAAGCAAUGUUUUCUUUUUCACUUUUUUUGGAUAUGCUACUGCUCUGCGUAUUUUGUUCCUUGUAAAGAUUUCAUUAACAUUUAAGUACAUUAUAAAUAUUGUAUUUCUUAGCAAUGAAAUGUAAUUAUGCAUCACUUCCUUAAAGACAUCUCUACUGAUUUUAUAUGUUGUCUUGACUGUAAUAUUUAUGUUCUUAUAACGAAUGAACAUUAUAGAUGUGCAUUUUCAAAAUUAAUAAAUUGACCCUUCACCCUUCUCUCAAAA